AUGCUUCUGGCUGCGGUCCUCGCCUCUGCCCUGUUCUUCUGCUCCGUGGCUGGCCAGGCGUGUUUAACCUCGGCAGGGAUCAUGGACAUCAACUUCCUCAUCAAGAAACUGCAGAAUGAUCCACCUUCAAAAUGCAGCUGCAGCGCCAAUGUGACCAGUUGUUUGUGUCUGCCCAUGCCUUCUGACAACUGCACCACACCAUGCUUCCAGGAGGGGCUGUCACAGAUGACAAAUACCACGGUGCAAAGAAGAUUCCCAGCGAGUUUCAUCCGGGUGAAGAGAACGGUUGAAGUCCUGAAGAACAGCAAGUGUCCGUUUUUUUCCUGUGAACAGCCGUGCAACCAAACCACAACAGGCAACACACUGACAUUUCUGAAGAGUCUCCUGGAAGUUUUCCAGCAAGAAAAGAUGAGAGGGAUGAGAGGCAGAGUGUGA